AUGGACAAAGUACAGGCGUUCGGAAAGAACUUGAGUGCGAGCUUCUCUCCUUUUGCUCAGCGCACUCAGCAGAUGAUCCGGGAGCAGUUGGGCCAGGCCGAAGACCGAACCCAACUUCCCGAUGAGUAUAUCGAGCUGGAGAAGCGGGUCGAUGCCCUGAAGCUCGUCCACCAGAAGCUUUUGCAGGUGACCUCCCAAUACUCCAACGAAGCUUACGACUACCCACCCAACAUCCGCGAAUCCUUCAACGACCUGGGACGCACGAUCAAUGAGAAGGUCCAGCUCCUGUCUCAGGCAAGCUCGCCCGCUGAGGCCCAGGCCGCCCUGACGGCCCCUCCCUCGGCCAAGCCCCAGCCCAAGACCUUUAACCAUGCCAUCGCCCGCGCCUCCCUGUCCGGCUCCCAGACCCUGGCCCAGAACACCACCGGCGAAGACCCUCUGGCUACUGCCCUGGAGAAGUACGCGCUGGCUUCGGAGAAGGUGGGCGAGGCCCGUCUGGCCCAGGAUGCGCAAAUCCAGUCCCGCUUCCUUGCCGGCUGGAACACCACCCUCAACACCAACUUGAUGUUCGCCGCGAAGGCCCGCCGGAACGUCGAGAACGCCCGUCUCAUGCUAGACUCCGUCAAGGCGAGCAAGAAGGCUGCCGCCAAGGGCGACAUGGACAACCUGAGCGAGGAGGCCCGCGCGGAGAUUGAGCAGGCUGAGGACGAGUUUGUCGGCCAGACCGAGGAGGCCGUCAGUGUUAUGAAGAACGUUCUGGAUACCCCUGAACCCCUGAGAAACCUUGCCGACUUGAUCGCUGCUCAGUUGGAGUUCCACAAGCGCGCGUAUGAGAUUCUGAGCGAGUUGGCUCCUGUGGUUGAUGGGCUGCAGGUGGAACAAGAGGCCAGCUACCGCAAGAGCCGUGAGGGUGCCUAA